AGUGUUAGUUCACAUCAUUCAUCAUAGGUUUUCGCGGGAAACGUACGCAGGUUCUGCAAAAUCCACACACACAUUGUACACAAACACAUGAAUUCGCAUGUGGGGCAAUGGGAUUGAAUUGAAUGGAGUCCAAUUGAAUUUUGGUACGCUUUUGUGAGAUGUGAAUGUCGUCAUGUCUAAGCUGUCAAAUGACUAGGAAUUGCUGUAUUUACUUCCACAGUGCUCUGAACAUUAUAGCUAUCAUAAUUACUAGAAGCGAGGACACAUUGUGAUAAAAAGUUGGAUAUGGCAUCAUCAACUCAAGUCAGUUCGGAUCUUGCAAGCUGCUCUUAUCAGCUCUCUCCAAACAACAAACCUUCUAAAAGCACAUCCAACCAAUCAGAUGAGACCACAGACAGGCCCAAGCCCCAAUCAUCCCCCAAGAGGCCAAUCAGGGAUGCAGUUGCUGCUGCGAAACUCAACAGCGCUCUUCUCCCUGCCAAAGUGACAAGAAUAGGUGCUUCACCGAAAAGGUUGAAAAAGGAAGGCUCGUGGAGAGGGGACGAGAGCGCAACCAAGAAACAGAGUCCAACUAAGAGUGAUGCAAGUGAGGACCAGGACCAGAGUCCUAAUACCAGUUCCAGUGGAGAGACUUUCAAGGACGCGGAAUACUCAGAGGGUCUAGAUGUGCUUGCCCGUUGGAGUGAUGGUCUCUUUUAUCUUGGAACUGUAAAAGAGGUUGAACAGGAACACGAGCGCUGCAUGGUGUCUUUUGAAGAUGAAUCUGAGUUCUGGGUGCUCUACAAAGAUCUGCAGAAGGCCCACAAUCAGAACGAAGACCAGGACAUCACAUGCUUUGUGUGCAAUGAUGGCAUGUCGGAUUUCCCCAACGAGAUCGUCAUCUGUGACAGAUGUGGUCGAGGCUACCAUCAACAGUGUCAUAGUCCAUCUAUAGAGGGCUCUAUUCUGCAGAAUGAAGACGAGCCUUGGCACUGCAGACCGUGUGUUUUUGUCAACUCAGUUAAGGUUGGAGGUGCUUUGAAGAAAGGACCAGCAGCCAAAGUGUUCCAAGAAUUCAAGAAAACGCUUCCAUACAAAAUUGAGACCAUUCAUUGGGAUGCUGGUCACAAGACUAACACAGAGCAGUAUUAUUGUUACUGUGGUGGGCCAGGAGACUGGUAUCUUAAGAUGCUGCAAUGCUGCCGUUGCAGACAAUGGUUCCAUGAAGCCUGUGUCCAAUGUAUAGAGAUUCCAAUGCUGUAUGGCGAUAGGUUCUAUAUAUUUGUAUGUUCUGUGUGCAAUCAAGGUCCAGAGUACCUCAAAAGACUUCCUCUAAAGUGGGGGGACCUUGCCCAACUGGUGCUAUACAAUCUCACUCUGCUACACAAGAAGAAAUACUAUGAUUUUGAAGAGGAGAUUUUACCCAAUCUGACGCAGAAUUGGAACAACUACCAAGUACCUCAUCUAUCUGAAACAACUCGGUCGGAGAAACAAGAAAGAAUGCUAAAUGCACUUCAAAGCUCUAAGAUGAGCUCUACCUUGUCCUCCUUCAGGUUUGUUUGCGGCAAGGAAGUGAAGAAGAAAAAGAACCUGUGGGGGUUACGAGUCCGCACCCCUCCGGUCUCGCCCACCAUCGUCUUGCCUGCCAUUGGUCAGAUCACCGAUGAUGUCAUGAAUGACAUGAAGAUGACGGGGACAAAGGUCGUGACCUUCCAGCCUGUACAGAGUUUGUCUCCUGUUCCUCUGGAGAGGAGAAGAAGGAAGCAGAAAGGUCUCACUCCUGAAGAGAUCAUGGCCAACUCCAAGAAAGCUCGUAAACUCCUGCUCCAGGCGACCAGCAGUAAAACGGGCAGACCUCUUACAAGCCUGAACCAAUCCUACAGAGGCUAUGGAGGUGGCAUGUGUACAUCCAGUACUGGACUCACAGUAGUGACAGGUGGCUGUUCCGUCCUUGACAUGAUACCCCCUCUGGAAAUGGUUCCCCUCGGCAACAACGUUGUACCGUGUUCAAUGACUCUCUCCUCGCGCACCAGCAUCAGUAGCAACGGAAGCUCACAAAACGGCGCUGGACCUAGCAAUGGCCCCAUGAACCAAUAUGGCCGCCUCCUCUCGGAACAAUCGAUGGGCAAGAAGCGCAGGGGUAGGAAACGGAAACGCAGGCUCAGCUCUGAGGACCUUGACAAUGAAACCAGUAAUGGUAGCCAAACACCUGAAGAAGUCAAAGACACAACAGACUUGGAAAUCAAGUUGAAAAAUCAGCAGAGUCCGAGCAAGACAAGAGUGAAUGGCAUCACGGAAGCGGCGUCCCCGAUCGGGAUCCUGCAGUCGGUAACGUCCUACUUCGGUGCGGAAGGACGCAUCGCAUGCGGAGAAGGCCACAAGGUGCUUGGGAAGCGUGUCUGCGCGGACGGCAAGGUGCAGUAUUUGAUUCAGUGGGAAGGGAGCUCACCUUAAACUAUGGACCUACUCCCAUCAGAAAGAGAGAGAGGGCUGCAUCUUGAAGAAAUCCGCUCUUCGAUUCCGCCGAUGAUGGAAGGCAGAACUGCGAAUGAGUCGAGGCAUAUAUCUCAUUAUCUGUUUCACCUCUUUUCGUACAACAAUAACAUUCUUGUACUGUCUGUGGAAAUACUGCAGUUGAAAAAAGAGCAGGGGGUGUUUCACAAAACUUGUCAUCGGUGACAUUAGACAGUUUUUGUUAUAAGCUACUAAAAUCCUUGCUUCUGAUCGGUUAUCAGUAGAUUUGUCACUGAUUUUUGUCAUUUGUCAUUGAAAAAAUACUUUGUGAAACGAUCCCAGGUCCCUGUGAUGGAAGUGCGUGUUGAACUCUUGAAAAUGGCCUUACUAUUAGGCAUCAAAGAGGGAGAACGCGUCGUUCUAAAUAAAAUGCAGGUGGUUGCUGAAUGGGUUAUUGAUGGGUACACAGGGCUUCCAUGUAAGUUGUAUAAAAAGAUCUGCUAGAUAGUGCUGUAAGGGAUCGAUAGAGGAAUUCCAAGGUCAUCUGCUGAUGUUGCAUUACUCACUAGCUGCUUGAUAUUGCAAUGCUGAUAAAAAGAUGGUGUUGGGAUUUAGAUGUAGCGCUUGUGGCUAAAGACAAUGGAAAGAUUAUUUUCAACAACUUGUUGAAAUUUUCAACGCUUUGAGUUGGUUCCCACAUUGCAUAACAUAAGAUACAGUGUCCUUAUAAAUAAUCUGUACUUUAAUAACCAAGAUGAUCUCCGUAGUCACCGACUGCCGACUUUAACCCAUAGUCUACUUGAACCUGAUGAUCCAUGUAUCAAGCCUUGGGGAAUUACUUUGUCCAGUAGUCAAUGGUUAUGCAAUUUUGAAAAGAUAUCGAUACCGCUGCUUCAUAAGACCAGAGUGCUUUAAUAGUGAGGUGGGGAAAAUGUUUGUAUGAAUAUCCAAGCUGAUUUUUCUUUUAACACCUAACGUCAGGCAUAUAUUACCACAUAGACUAAAAACAAACCCUCUGAAAAGUAUUACUCCAUCUUGGACGUUGAUGUAUUGUCUGUAACCCGUUGCAUGUCGGCUUUUCUGUUUUCUGACCUUAACCACUCAGACAUUUCCAGAUUCUUGUAGGGUUGUCGUCCAUCCAUAAAUGUGCCAAAAUACCUCUGAAGAAACAUCUCUGUACCCUAAACUGUUUAAGUUUUUUUAAUAAAUAUUUUACCAUGAUUUAUUAUAGAAGAAUGGAACAUUAGAAGCAGGUCAUAGGUCGUGGGCAGUAUUUUCUAUAUUUGUGUAUAUUUUUGGAUACCAUUAUUACAUUACAUGCUUAAUCAUUUCUUUUUGUUCAAUUUGUAGGAUGAUGUAUCCACAUGAAAUGGUAAUAAAACUAGAUUUCAGGGUCAUUAGGUCAAAGGUCGAGGUAGGUUACUGUCUAAAAUCAUUUGGUUAUUGCUUUUUCACUUUACAAAUUGUUUUUAAGUUGGCAAAAUGAGGUUUUCUUGUGAUAUUUCAUAAUGCAACUCUUUCACUGAGGGCCAAAAUAAUAAUACAAUCAUAAAGUUAAGGAAAAGACAUAUUAUAUCAAUUCCACUCCUACAAGGCUUUUCUAAACACAAGUGCUGUGAUUAUGUUUACAACUUUACAUGUUAUUGUCAAUUGUGAUAUGCAAGUAAAUCACACCUUUGUUAAUUUCAUUUUCUUCUUUUUUUAAAGUGAUGGCCUCUGUAUCUUGUAUUUACAGUUUCCUUCGACUUGUUCUUGAUCAUAUUUGUUUUUUUACUUCUACAUUUGCUUCAAACCUAAAUUUGUCAGAUAUAGAGCAUUGGGGCUUGGGCUGCAAUAGGGUUUUACGUGAGGUUCAGCGAUAGGGUCCUGUUUCAUAAGACUUGUUAUCAAUAACAAGUAAACAAUAACUGUUAUAAGCUACUGAAAUCAUGGCAUUUGAUUGGCUGAGAGCAAAUUUUGUCAUUGAAAUUUAGCGUUUGUUAUUGAUAACAAGUUCUAUGAAACAGGGCCCAGGUGGUAGUGUUGGGUCAUCGAAUCAUUGUCCCAGCCAUGCUGUUGUAAAUUGUAUUGUGCUUAUAUGGAAGGGAGCUCAACAUAUUUCCUUCCUAUGUUCAAAGGAAACAUCUUUGAAAAAUUGGUGUCUGCUUUUGACAAAUGGCAUGGACAGCGAUGCAUAUUAAACGGAAAGUUUCAAGUGAAGUUUCAAUAGAAAAGUGUUCUCGUGCAUUAUAUUGAUGAAUCCCAAAAAUAAUAUUGAAUUUAAAUAUUCCAAGCUACAGUAUUAAAGUAGGAUUGUUUUAAAGAUUGUCUUGUCGCAAAAUUUGGUAUCUGAUUUUUUUUAAUUUAAAAUUUGAAUUGCAAUUUGUUUCAAUUAUUGAAUCCCUGCAGUAUUACUUGUGGAAAAUUGAUGAAAAUAAAUCUUCAAAUCUUCAAACUUAAA